AUGUCUUCGUCAGAAAAUGGUGAGGAACCAAUUACACCUCGUUCGUCUGAGUACGGAACAUGUCAAGGAGCCAAAAGAGAUACCGUCUCCUGCAUACAGGUAUAAAGUUAUUACAUUACGUGUCCGUCAAUACCAUAUAAAACACAGACUUUUUUGCAAAUACCUUGCAUGUGUUAUAUAUAUGCUAACUUAUGCAUGCUAGUAGCAAAUAACCACUCUUAAUUAAUAAUGAAUAACCUUCUGUGACGACUUAGGUCCGUCAAUGCCGAAAGUACUGGUUAUAUCCUCAUUUACGCCCACACAAUAUAUAGGUUAGGGAGCCUGAAAUAAUUGCUUAAUUAAAGAACAGAUUCAAACUAGUUCCUUUUGCUGAAAAUUCACCUGUUCCUGAGCUAUGAUUACUGGAAUACGAUUGAUUCCUCCCGAGAGCAAGCUAGAAAAGCAGUCGUGGCGAAGACAUCGAUUUGACUUGACUUGGGGAAACUUUCUUUUAGAAAAGAUAAUUGAUCACACAUUGCUCGUGUGAAAGAUCGUUCUCGAAAUUGAAGUUAGCUAAGACAAAACAAAGGCUAUAAGAUCCUCGUUAAUGUAAGAAAACAUUGUGUCAUUCAUUAUGCUUGAAUCAUUCAUUGCCCUACAAUUUACAUUUUUCACCUGGUUUUGUACAUUCUUCAUGUAGCAGAGCUGCAUAUUUGUUAUCAUCGAUCGUCUCUACCCUACCUACUGCAUGUACUGGCAGCAACCGCCCAAUUAAGUUCAAGAAUUGUAGUGGCAAAACGGACGUUUCAGAUGUGAUCAUUAUAAACGCAAUUCGUUAAAAACUUUUUACAAACUAUAAACUAAACUUACAACUACUGAAUACUAAAUAUUUAUACACGCAAGCAUGCGUGAGGAUUCGCGAGGAUUUUAUUCUAAGCGGUACAGGGCACCUCAUGACAAAAAGUUGAAAACUGCCUACACUGUAUAUAUGUUUCUAUUAAGUAAACGUGAAGUUUGAUAUCUUUUUAAUGCAGAAUGAAGUAAUUUGUGCAACUUUUGUGGGACAAGUUGACGCAACCCAAAGUUAUUAUGAAAGAAACAGCCUUGAUGUAAGUUAGACCAGCAACGAAUUGUUAUAUCGCAAGAUAAAUAAAUGUAAUUCGGAAAUUAUUGAAAAACCAAAGCAUGCUUGCCGAAAUAGUUCAAAAUUCUGCGAAGUCACAUUUCCAUUUCUUGUGCAUGUCCGGUUAUUACUGGGGACAUUUUUUUUGCGUUCCCAUCAUGCACUACACUCCUCAGCCCAUUGGUCUAUAUAUGUACUUAUUUACGACUAAGUACGAGUCAGAAAUUAUAGUAUGCAAGUUGCUAUGAAGCUAUCAACAUAUUUUUCGCUACAUUAGAUAUGUUUCGAUACACAUACGAUCCCUGUCCAACAUGGUGCAUUUGCAGCUGAAGAACUUGAAUCAUCUACAGACACAGCUUCAGCAAAUGAAUCACCAGAUGUGAAGAAAGGUUUGGCACAAGUCGAGGGUAAGGUAAUGUGUCAGAGCAAUAGUGUUAAACCUUAUCUGACUAAUGAAAACUUUAAAAUCUUUUUCUGGAUUUAUUUUAUGAACAUUUGGCAGGGGUUUUAAAUUAAGAAACGCGUUUUCUUCGGUUCACCUUGGUUAUAGAGCCAUGGUUAUAGUAUUAUUCGGUUCACCUUGGUUAUAAAGCCUUGGUUAUAGUGAGUAUUCAUUUGAUAAUAAUAUUAUCAGAUGAAUACUUAAGGCUAUGGAGAUAUUAUUGACAAUUCCCAUUAAUAAAGACUAAUUUUAAAAUUAGGCAAGGAAAUGGAAAUAAAUCACCACAGCUAGAAAGAGCAUACUAAACUCAGUAAAAUUGAAACGUUUAGUUGCGAAGUGUUGUAAAAUGCGGCAAAGUUUGCAAAUUUUGUUUGCUUUUGUAUUGGGGCGGAAAUUGCCCAAAUAUAUGAUAGCAAUUUCCGCACGCAAUACAAGGGCUAUAUUUUUUGAGUACGCUCUUUCUAGCUCAUUGGCUAGUUUUAAAAUUGGUCUAUACUGGGAAUUGUCUAUUGCUUUUAUGAAUGUUUUGAGAUUUGCAAACGUGGACGCGUGAGGUUUUUGUACGCGAGGAAUAUAAAAAUAAGAUUUGUAGUUUCAAGAGAUGUUUUGUAAAACAAUUUCCAUUUUAGAAGUUAAAAAUGUUCGACAGAUUAAGAGGACGUUUUGGAAAAAAG